AUGGAACCUGAGAAUGAUUGUGCUUGGAAGCCAAAACAGGGAAUGACAUUCGAUUCUGAACAAUGUGUGUAUGAUUUUUAUAAUACAUAUGGAGGAACAUUGGGGUUUAGUAUAAGAAGGGAUUUUUGUAGGAAGAACAAGAUCAAUAACCAAUUUAUUUGUAGACUUUUGGUUUGCAACAAAGAGGGAUUUCGGAAGGGUGACAAACGAGACCCAUUGUCAAAAAACCCAAGAGCUGAAACUAGGACCGGUUGUGAGGCUCGACUUUAUGUCAAAUUAGAUGAGGGUACUGGAAAAUAUGUUGUGACUGAUUUCAAAGAAAAACACAACCAUGAUCUUGUAUCACCCGAGUGUGCCUACAUGUUGCCGUCACAAAGAAAGAUAUCGACUACCCAAGCAAUUGAGUUAGAUUUGGCGGCACAAUCUGGUCUUCGUUUAGGCCAAUCUUUUGAACUCAUGGGUAGGGAAGCUGGUGGGAGGCAAUGUCUUGGGUUUACAAAAUUAGAUCUGAACUCAUGGGUAGGGAAGCUGUUAGAUAAUGAAGAGCAAAUAACGAAUAUGUUUUGGGCUGAUGCACAAAUGAUCAUGGAUUAUGCCCAAUUUGGUGAUGUUGUCACUUUUGAUACUACUUACAAGUUAAACAAAGAACAUAGACCCUUCGCGUCUUUUGUGGGAUUCAACCAUCAUAGGGAAACAGUUAUAUUUGGUGCAGCCUUGUUGUAUGAUGAGACCGCCGAAUCGUUUGUAUGGUUGUUUCAAAAUUUUCUAGAGGCUAUGUCAGGAAAGGCACCAAAAACGUUGUUCACUGAUCAAGAUGCUGCAAUGGCUAAAGCCAUACCCAUCGUUAUGCCUGACACAAGUCACUGUUUGUGUACUUGGCAUUUGAUGCAAAAUGCAUUAAAACAUGUUAAUUGUUUGUUCCAAGAUAAUGGGGUAAAGGGUGUACUAAAUAAGUUCUUCUUUGACAUUGAAGAUACAAAUCAAUGGAAGUUAGAGUGGGCGGAAAUGCUUGAUAAAUAUGAUGCGCAUGAAAAACAUUUGUUGAAAUUGACAUUUGCGGUGAAAGAAAAAUGGGGUUGGCCAUAUGUUAGAUCAACAUGGGCUGCGGGAAUGAGUACCACACAACUUAGUGAAUCUUUUAAUGCUUUUUUGAAGGAUUACAUUCGUUCUGAUUUUAACUUAAAUGAAUUCUUCAUGCAUUUCGAAAGGGUACUUUACAAGAAGCGAUACAAGGAGUUAGAAGCAGGAUAUGCUUUGUGCCAAAGGUGA